AUGGCAGCAGCAGCAGCAGCAGCAGCAGCAGCAACAGCAACAGCAACAGGAGCAGCAGCAAGACCCGCAGCAGCAACACAGCGUGCUGCUUAUCUCCCUCGUCGCGCCGCCGGCAGCAGAGUUCCUGCUGCUGCACCAGCACCAGCAGCAACAGCAGCAGCAGCAGCAGCAGCAGCAGCAGCAGCAGCAGAUGAAGACGGGGGCAUGCAGCAGCAGGGGCCCUCUCUUGCUGUUGCUUUAGCUCGCAUAUCCAAGGCAUACCGCCGGCAGCAGCAGCAGCAGCGGCAGCCGCAGCAGCAGCUGCUGCAGCAGCUGCAUGCGCUUUUUGCUGCAGCAGCAGCAAAGGCAACCAUGGCCGAGUGGAGACUGCAGCAGCAGCAGCAGGAAACACUCAAGCAGCAGCAGCAGCAGCAGCAGCAGAAGCAACAGCUGCAGCUGCAGCAGCAGCAGCAGCAGCACGUAUCUGUGCCAGGGCCGUUGUUUUGCUGCUUAACUUUGCAUGCAUGUGCUUCUUUCCGCUCCCCUAGGCAGCAGCAACAGCAGCAGCAGCAGCAGCAGCAGCAGCAGCAGUGGCCGACUGCAUCUGCCCUAGAAGAUGUUGCAGCGGCUGUCUCGCGUGUCUUGUCGAACAGCAGCAGCAGCAGCAGCAGCAGAAGCAGCAGCAGCAGCAGCAGCAGCAGCAGGUCAGCAGCAGCAGAAGAGCAGCAGCUGUUUGAGGUGUAUAGGCAGCUCCCCACGCAGCUGCUGCGGGCCCACCUUCUCGGUGUCUGCAUGCGUAUGAUGGGGCUGCAGCUGAGUUGCUGCAGCAGCAAACAAGCAGCAACUGCUGCUGCUGCUUGUCUGCUGCUGCUGCAGCAGCUGCCUGCAUUACCCCCAACAGCACUGCAGCAGCAGCUGCUGCUAAAGGAUAUACAGAGGUGGCAGCAGCAGCAGCAGCAGCAGCAGCAACAGACUGAUGCUGCUGCUGUGUGGGAGCCUUCGGAGCAUGGCUCUGAUGCAGCAGCAGCAGCAGCAGCAGCAGCAGCAGCAACAGCAGCAGCAACAGCAGCAGCAUCCACAGGAGCAGCAACGCGGCGGUCCUCUUACCAGCCGGUGUUCAGCAGCAAGACAGAUGCGGAGACAUCCAAGGGGCUCGAUCUGCUGCUGCUGCUGCGUGCUGCAGCAGCAGGAGCAGCAGCAGCAGCCCCCUUCCCCGCUGAGCUGCUGCAGUCGAUGCCAGGCUUGAUGCUGCAGCACUUGGAGUUUAUGAGCCCGCAGCAGCAGCUGCUGCUGCUGCAGCAGCUGAAGAGCUCGCGCCUCGGCAGGCCUGCUGCUUCUGCUGCAGCAGCAGCAGCAGCAGCAGAAGUAGCAGCAGCAGACGAGGUCCAGUGGUCUGAGGUGGCUGUUGAGUUGGCUCCUCAUGUGCUGCGGCUGCUGCGAAGCGGCUGCUGCAGCAGCAGCGAUGCAGCAGCAGCAUGCUGGCUAUAUGCUUCGGAGGACCUGCAGAACCCUGAAAUCCCAGCAGCAGCAAUUGUUGCUGCUGUUGCUGAUCAGCUGCCCGCGCUGCUGCAGCAAUCCAACACGAACAGCAGCAGCAGCAGCAGCAGCAGCAGCAACAGAAGCAGCAGCAGCAGCAGAAGCAGCAGCAGCAGGCUAUCCGACUUGCUGCUGCUGCUGCAGACACUCGUUACCUGGAGAACCCCGCAGCCAGCUGUGUGGGGGCCGCCUUUGCUGCACAGCUUAGCAGCAGCAGCAGCAGCAGCAGCAGAUGCAGAUGCAGCAGCAGCAGCAGCAGCAGAUGCAGCAGCACGGCCUGCUGCGCUGUCUAUGCCGCAGCUGGCAGCAGCAGCAGGUGCUUUGGUGCAGCUGCAGCUGCUGCUGCUGAAGGACUUCUCCCUCAACCAAGUGCUAGCUGCUGAGAAUACAGGCAGCGCUGCUGCUGCUGCUGCUGCUGCUGCAGCUGCUGCUGCUGCUGCAGACACUCGUUACCUGGAGAACCCCGCAGCCAGCUGUGUGGGGGCCGCCUUUGCUGCACAGCAAGGACAAAGGCGCGCUGCUGGCGAGUUUGCUGCUGCAGUUGCUGCUGCGCUGCAGCCGUGGCCUACCGACCCAGGCAGCAGCAGCAGCAGCAGCAGCAGCAGCAGCAGCAGCAGCCUUUCGAGCGGAAUUAUAUCAUGCUGGAGACAGUUGGCCUCAAGCUUCACUGCAGCAGCAGCAGCAGCAACAGCAGCAGCAACAACAGCAACAGCAACAGCAGCAGCAGCAAAGUAUCAUGAGGAGCAGCAGCUUCUCUCGUCGCUGCUGCUGUGCUGCGCUGCUGCAGGCGUUUUGCUGCCUCAAGGUGCAGCAGAACAUCUUCUGCUGCUGCUGCAGCAGGGAGGGGACGCUUCGUGCGUCUCGACGCCGGUGCUGCUGCAGUUGCUGCGGAGUUUGUUGCUGGAGCAGCAGCACAUGGAGGCCUUACUACCGCAGCAGCAGCAGCAGCAGCAGUGCCGAUCAGCAGCAGCAGCAGCAGCAGCAGCAGCAGCAGCAGCUGAGCUCAAGAGCAGGCGACUCAGCCUGCAGCAGCGAGCUGAAGCUGCUGCCCUGCUGUGGCGCGUCUCCCGUUCAGAUGCCUUAGCCAGCGGUCUCCUCAUGAGCUCACAGCAGCCACAGCUGCAGCUGUCUGCUGCUGCUGCUGCUGCUGCUGCUGCUACGCGCCGUGGGAGAGCUGCUUCAGUCCGCCCAGUUGCUGCUGCUGCUGCUGCUGCUGCCUCUGCUGCUGCUGCUUCUGCUGCAGCAGCAGGUGAGGGAAAGACAUGGGCUCUCCCUAACGCAGCAUCAGCAGCAGCAGCAGCAAGAAGACGGCAGCAGGGGAGCCCAGCGGUAACGCAGCAUCAGCAGCAGCAGCAGCAAGAAGACGGCAGCAGGGGAGCCCAGCGGUGCUGCUGCUGCAGUCGUCACCGCAGGCAUGCAGCAGCAACUCUUAGCUUUGUGUCUUCACAGGACCAAUUAGAGAGCCUCUCUUUCUUCCCUGGGAGCAGCAGCACCAGCAGCAGCAGCAGCAGCAGAAUGCAGCAGCAAGCGGAGCUGCAGCAGCAGGAACAGCUGCAGAGGCGCCAGGACCACCCCGGAGCUGCAGCAGCAACAGCAGCAACAACAACAACAGCAGCAGCAGCAACGACAACAGCAGCAGCAGCAGCAGCUUGCGUCCCUACGCCUGCUCCCUGUGCUGCUCCUCCCUCUCGCCUGUUACGAUACAAAGAGUUGCUGCCUGCUUCUGCUGCUGCUGCUGCUGCUGCUGCUGCUGCUGUUGCAGCAGCAGCAGACGAUGCAUCUCGCUAUCUCUUAUCACCAGAAGCGCUGCUGCUGCUGCUGCUGCCGCCUUCUGCAGCAGCUACAGCUGCAGCAGCACCAGCAGCAGCAGCAGCAGCAAACAUGCCUCAGGAUGCUGCGAAGGGCCCAGGCUGCAGCAACAGCAGCAGCAGCAGCGACAGCAGCAGCAGCAGCAGCGACAGCAGCAGCAGCAACGCCAGCAGCAGCAGCAGCAGCAGCAGCAGCAGCAGCAUUUGUGUGUGGAGGCUUCGAUGGGGUGGAGACAGCUGGGAGGAGAACUGCAGCAAAAUGAAUAUCACCCAAUGGGCCCAUGCUCUUACGUAUGCUGCUGCUGCUGCUGCUGCUGCUGCUGCUGCUGCUGCUGCUGUUUUUGCUGCUGCUGCUGCUGCUGCUGCUGCUGCUGCUGUUUUUGCUGCUGUUGCUGUUUAUGCUCGCUUCUAG